CUAGUGCAGGGCUGCUCACUGGGCUCUGUCAGUUCUCAAGCUGAGCUGGGGCUUGGAUAUUAUAUUAGACGUGCCUCAGCAGUGAGUUCUCACUCUGGCUGGGCAGAAACUUUCCACAGCUAAGGGGGGAAAGGGUGGGGAAGAGCGACUGUCCUGAGGACACCCCUCACUUGCAGGAUAUGGAGGGCAGACCAGCAGAGACCAAUCCAGAGGUGGAGAAGUCAGCAUCCCUAUCUGUGGCUCAGCUGGCAGGAAAGUUCAAGGAGCAAGCAGCCACCAUUUCUGGAAAGGAGGUACCAGGUAAUAAACCAACCCGGAGGAAACCACCAUGCUCCCUUCCCCUACACACCCAAAAGGUGGAGUUCGGCUACAAUGGGGAGCCGAAGCAGUCUCCAAAUGCUUGCCCCCUUCCCAGGGUCAAGGUGAAAAGCUCUCCCCUGAUUGAAAAACUGCAGGCCAAUCUGGCAUUUGCUCCAGCUGCCCUGGUGCCAGGUACAUCUCCAAAAAGCCCAGGUCUGAAAGUCAUACCAUCUCCCUUUAGCACUCCCCCUUCAACUCCCAGUAGCCCCGGCAUCCAGUCCCAUUCCAGUGAAUCGGAUGAGACACCAGUCAGUUUUGAUCAACCACCAGAGGGCACUCACCUGAAGUUUUAUAACAAGGUGCGGACACGGGGAUCACUGAAGCGCAGACCCCCUUCCAGGAAAUUCCGAAAGUCUCAGUCAGACUCCGGAGAUGGUGAAGAUUUAAGGGCGACUGGAUCAUCUCAAGAAAAUGGGGCCAAAGAAGAGGAUGGUGAUGAGGUAUUCGUGCCUAAGAGUCAGAAAGAGGAGUCACAGUCACCUGUGUGUGAAACAGGCAGUAAACUGAUGCAGAAACAGAUAGGAUCCAAUGAAAAGCCACCCUCAGGGAGAAGGUCAAGCAGGACAGAAAACAAAGAGGAGAGAGAAAAAGAAACAGAGGCAGUGAAACCAUGCAAGAGCAGCACAGGAGAUAAGGAGAAGCCGUGCAAGAGCCCUCCAGGGGAGGAAGAGAGGAAGUCGUCCCAGAGCACGCCAGAGGAGAAGACAUGCCCAAGUACCAUGGGAGAUAAUGAUAAGAAGUUGUGCCAGAACACCCCAGAGAAUAAGGAAGGGAGCACUCUGGGGGAAAGGGAGGGUGGCAAUGCCUCUGAACAGGAAAAAAGGAACAAAGAAAAUAAAGAGGUGAAGAAGGAAGAAAACAGUGAGGGCAAAGACACACAGGAAACAUCAGACACCCAGGAAAAGUCCCUGAAGAUGGGGAUGUCGCAGCCGGCAGCAGACACAGGAACUGCCAGUGAGCAUCACAGUGUGCUGCCAAUGCAAGAACCGGGCACAGAGACACAGGAGACUUUAAUGUGAAGAGAAGCCAAACAGUCCAAUGAAGGUGCAGCUACUGGAGGACUCUCCCUUGCAACAGAGCAGCAGAAUAUUAAUAACAUCAAAGAUGUCCACUGCUCUUACCCAUAACAUUCUGUAGCAAUGGGAAGGAGAGACUGGAAUUAAGACUUUUUUUUUUUUUGCUGCAGGGUUCAAAAAGGAUGUACUGGCUGAUUCUUCUUGGGGUAUAUUGAGCAACUUCAUGGCUAUGUCUGGAGACCUGAUGCACAGUAGCGUGGGCAUGACAAACACCACCGUUUCUGGGCCCACUGUUCACCAUUACAGCAGAGUUCCAAAUUUUGUUUGCUCCCCCAUGUUGGACUUUGAUGCAGUUUAUCAGUUUUGGACAUAUAUAAGUUGUGCCUUUUUAAAUAGCUUCCUUUGAAAUAUUUUCAGUUUUCAAAUGUAAGUAAAUGAAGUUUUUAAAAAUAGGGAAAAAUGAUUUUCUCUCUACACAUAUAUAUGCUGUAUGGCAGACAAUGUGAAUCCUAAAUCUGGAGAAGAUCAUUUUUAAAUGGCUUAUACAGCAUCUUUGAUGAAUAUCUACUUGGACUAGUGUUGGGCUGGCAAAUCUGUAUAUGAAACACCUAACAGCUAAAGAUUAUUUUUCUAUAGGA